AUGGACCCCAUCUCUACUCUUCUAUUCUAUUUGACGUAUGAGCGGGGCCGUGUAGAGGUUUUAGAGGAGACACUGCAGCUGUGGAUGAACGAUUCAGAGAACAAACACCAGAUGCUAGUCACGCAGGCGGAGCACGUUCACAAUUUGGAGCAGCAGCUUACGGAGGCACAACUGAAUCAGGUAGAACACCAUGUUGAUCAUUACUACCAGCAGCAUCAGAUGGAACAAGAACGCUGUGAAGAGAUGGAGCAUGAGCUAGUUGAUAAAGAACAUCAGAUAGCAGAACUGGAUAGUAAAGUGAAGAAUUUGGAACUCGAACUCAAAGUGAAGGAUGAUGCAAUGGCUAGGAUGGAAGUAGAGAAUCAAAGGCUUCGCCGAAGGGUCUCUUUAGGAGGACAGCGGAUUGACAUUCUUGAAUGUCAAUUUACCGCAGAGAGACUCGUCUCCCAGCAGCCUACCACUUUGAUGGGACCUUAG